GUGUGACCCAUUUCAAAAAAGAAUGCGUUUCUUCUUUCUGUGCCUGGUAUCUUGGAGAUCUGUUUUCAAUCCUUACUUUGCAUCCUUACAUUGUUUCUUCAAUUUCAAUGUUUUUCUUCUAGCAACAGACAAAAAAAGUGGCUAAACAGUUGAUGAAAAAUCACUCUUAAACCUGAGCUUUAAAGUUCAGUCUGUCUUUCUGAAUAAUUGCUUACCUUUUCUUCAUUAUCUACCAUCAAGUAUUUUCUUUCCCCUUAACACUCUUAAAAGAGUGUUCUUGCUAACGUCUUCUUAAAAAUCUUACCUGCUGCUAACUCCUAAUUCUAUUCUACAAAAUCUCUGUCUCUCCGUGGUCUUCUUAUUUAAAUUUCAUGUUUCAAUUAAAGCCUGAUACAGUUUCUUUUUCCUUGCCUACACACCAUCUCUGUCUUGCUCUAAAUCUUUUAGGUUCUCUUCUGAUUUAGCCACAUCGGCUUCUAUUUCAGAUGACACUCAGGAAGUUUGUAGAGUGACUCACAGGCAAUACAUUGCAAACUGAGCUAUCAGCACCCAGUAUCGUUAUCACUAACAGUACAGGCAAAGCCAACCCAUAAAUGCAUAGCAAAACUUUCAUCCUGAGCAAGGAACCAAAUCCCACCGCAUCAAAAGUUACUCAGGCUCAUACAAAGGGCACUAAAACUGCAACAGCCUGGCUGGCGGUUUGACUCAGAUGGAAACUGAACUCAAUAAAUUUGUAUGGCAUUCAGUACAAAUGGUGAGACUCUGUAAGCAGAAAGACAAACAAUAUUUAGCAUUUUCAAUUUGGUUACUUCCAGUACAUUUAGGUCUCACCCAUCAUUACUUUCGGUGACAUCCUAGAGUGGGGGGAAGAUAGUCCAUCACCUCUGAAAAUCCUCUGCACCUCUCCUGUUUUUCUUGUUAACUACUAGACUAAGUUGCAAGCAAGUAAAAAAAAUGAAGCCUGUAAAAGCUCCUAGGUUUUAGAUUUUUGCUGAACUUGUUUGGAAAACACUUAAAUUAGAUCAAAUUAGUUUUCAAUCAAUCUAGUGGAAGAAAUUAUUCUUUUGGCAGCUUCCACAGGAAACUUGAGUUAAAAGCAAAUUACAGUUCUCAGAUUGCUACAGACCGGAGAAAAAACUUCCCCUUUUUCACUCAUAACAGCCUACUCCUCUAUUUUUAAUCAGAGCUGUUGAGUAGUUUGUCCUGGGCAAAGAAAAGCAUCUGUAUAGAAGCUGAUUUGGAAUUCAUUUCUAACAGAGUUUAAUAGGCAACAGACACAGGAUGAAUUUUUCUCCCCAGACAGCCCCUUUUUGAAAGCCAUGUAUAAAGUGUGAUUCAGACAAAAAAAGAUUCAGGUGUGAAUGCUGUCUGAUCUACGGCUGCAAGCACAACCACAGUCAUUAGGCUGGGCUUUUAUGAGGCUCACUGCAUGCUCAUCAGCCACCUUAAAACAAAUCUUAAUGGGUGAUAAAGUUGCCGGUUUUACUAAGGUGGCAGAAUCAAAAUGUGGUUACAGAAGAAAUAAGAUUCCGUGUCAACAAACUGACAGUACAGGAGAAUAAAGUGAUGAAUUUAUCAAAGAAUUUUACAUACAAAUAGUCAAACACGUAAGCAUGACUUCUUCACUCAGUCAUAUAGAAAAACUGAUUGGAACAUGGCAAGCACGGCAGCUGCGGUAAAGGUAUGGCCUUACCUUUCUCCCAUUUCCCAUAAAUGUCAUGGAAUCAGUCCUGAUAUCAACAUUCUUAUAUAAGAAUCCCUUCAUCUGUAUUUUUAUUGUGUCAUCAGAUCUUAAAUUAACUUGGUGACUUUCUGCGGCAGAGUAUUGGGUAAGGACAGACAAUUUUGUCUGAUCGCAUUGGAGAAACUUAGGUCCUUGCCAACAAAUACAUUUCCCAUUCUAUUAUACAAGACCUGUUUAAGCAAACAAAAGUGAAUGGAAUUUGCCAGCCAGGAAAACUAAGCCUUAUUCAAGACGGGUUAUUUCCUUCAGGCAAAACCCAGGCAAAGGUUUUCUUGAAGACCAGAGCUGCGCUGCAGCGCAGGGGCACUGUGAAUACCGCUGCGGCUUGCGAGAGCAUUGGAUGGGCUUUGAAAGAAGGGGAAUUUCAGCUUAGAAAGAGGAAGCUUCUUUUGGACAGAGGGUGCUUGCUGUAAAAGAAGCACAUACGUAUUUGUGAUGGGAAGGGUUCGAUUCCCUGUGACCUAGGCUUUCUGCAUGUGGUGGAGGGCAGGCACUGAGGACAGAAGAAAGAAUGAAUGUUUCUGUUGGUGAGAUCCAUACUGGAGUGUUUCGCAGCCUGUGAGACAGAAAGCCUGGAGAAAGCAAUAAGCAUCAUGGAGGUCUGCAUAUUCUUCCUUUACGCUAUGAUACUUCUCCCAGGUAUUGCUGCCAGUGUGCAUCAGGUGAAGUCAUUUCUCAAUCACACUGCAUAUCUAUCCUGCUAUUUUCCAAACUCUCAGAAAACUGACAUAAAGGAUUUAAGAAUAUUUUGGCAAAAAGACAAUGAAGUGGUGCAUGAAGUAUACUAUGGCCAGGAAAAACAUGAUAACCUUAGUCCUAAAUAUAUAAAUCGCACCAAGAUGGACAUGGACAAAUGGACCUUGCAAUUGUUAAACGCAGAAAUUGUGGACGAGGGACAGUAUAUGUGUAUUAUACAGCAGAGAGAGAAAGAAUCAGCAAGGGUCAUACACACAUCUGAGUGCUUACUGAACGUCAUUGCCAACUAUAGUCAACCUGAGAUAGCACAGCUGCACAGUGGGGAGCUAAAGCCCAACGAAUACUUGAAUCUUUCCUGUUCUUCCAGCGGAGGUUAUCCAAAGCCCAAGCAGAUGACUUGGCUAAUUUCACAUGAAAAUAAAACACGCAGGUUUAUGCAUCACACGGACAUCUCACAGGAUGCUGUAACAAAGCUGUACAAUGUUACUAGCAAGCUGAGUAUCACAGUUCCUGCAAACACCCUCACUAAUAUUAGCUGCUUGCUUCACCUCGGAGAGCAGCUGGGGAGCCUUGUCUCAGUGCCACUAGGCAUAGAGAUACAGGGGGAAGAAAUUAAGCAAAUGAAGAUAAACUUCUUUGGCCCACUUAUAGCUGUGAUUGUACUGAUCACAAUUCUUCUGGGUUUUAUGAUAUUGAAGAAGAAUAGAAAUACCUCAUCUACUGACCAGAGUAAGUUAUUACUUCUCAUUCAGCUCAACUGUCCCUCAAGUCGCAGACUUUGCUCCUUAUAAUUAUCCCUUUACCUGCAUUCAAGCUGCUGACAGAAAGUUAGGUUUCAUGCUGGAUUUCAGCUAACUUCCUUGGACAAUUUAUUUCCUGCAACAACUUAGUCCACCCAGAAGCAAGGCAAAACAUUUUCCUCCUGUCUUGUCCUGGGAUCCCCUUCUCCCUCUUUGUGCUCUGUGAGACUGCCAUGGCACCAGCUUACCACCUUUUCCUGCAAUUUCAUCCUUUUUUUCUGUUCUUUCAGUAGAUUUGGUUCCCAAAAUCAUUAGGCUGUAUAAACCUUCCUUGUCUCACCAUUUAUAAGAAGAGUGGAGCUGAGGCAGGGAUGAGGUAACACUUCUGUCCAGUAAAAGCAACUAUCUCUGUCACCACGGAGCUCAAGGAUUGCUCCACCACAGGCUGCCCAACAUCAGACUGGAAGGAUCAUCUUGCACUAGGACCAGAAUUCAGUCUUUGCAUUGCAUUUCUUUAUUUUGAUCCAGAACUAGGUCUCAGCAGUCCAGGCUUUAUUCUGCACUGAAAGGAUCCUCAAGCUGACAUCACAGUCUACUCUUUCUCACAGCAAGGGGGAAAUGCAUUCCUCACAGUCAGUCCUGUUUCCUUGUACAGCCAAGGGUCCUGAGCCCCACCUCAUUCUUUCUCCAAAUCCUAAGAUAACUGGGCAUUUACUAUCAACCUUUUUUCAGCUCCUAUUUCUCACAUUUUUAUCAAUCACAUAUUCAUCUAUUUUAGAUGUCAGUCUAGCAGUCUAGAAGCUAUCCAGCUUGAAACUGAGGACAUCAGCCAGACUGCUGACUGGGAACCAUCUCUGCGCGUAGCAAGGCCUGAGGUCCCAUGCUCUUAGAUGUUUUGCCAGAACAAGAAUCCUCCCCAGAUACCCUACAGAGCAACACACGAUGGUUUUGUCUGGUGGCCGAAAUCCACUGUCCAGUGUUCUCCGAUUUUUGUUCCAGAAUGGUAGUAAAUAUGAUGCUCUGCCUGUCUGCAUGACUUUUUGCUGCAUCUUUCAUUACGUGCUGUGUCACUGUAAAAUCCUGACAGUCAAUGAGGAAAGCAGAGCUGCGUGGGUCACAAAAACAGAAAGAGGCUACAAUCUGUGAAUCAUAACCAUCACUGGAAACAUGAUCAGAGGCAAGCUAGUCAUGAGCCACAAAUGCUUUUGGCAGAGCCCGUGUGGCUUUGUACCAGCAACUUUCCUGUAAAGCUCCACAGCAGAAAGAGGAACUUCAGGGCACUUCCCCACCCACCUUCUGAGAAAAGACAUGCAAUUCCUAUCAGGCAUUUGAAACUAGAAAUCACCUGAAGGAAAGACGACUUGUUUUAAACAUGAUUUCUGGUUAUUUUGAUUUAUUUUUUCUUACUAUCAUCCAAGUCUAAUAUGCCCAGACAGUUAGUACCUCCACACUUUGGUCCUGUGUAUUCUGACCAGAUGCUCAGGUGGAUGCAGAGAUAGAAAAUGAAAGCAUGAGGUAUCACUCAUAUUUGUAUAAAUUGAAAUAUACAAAACUAAGAUAAACAGAUAUAAAAAAAAAUAUUAUAUAAGUAGGUCAUGUUCCAGUUUUGUUGACUAUGUUCUCCCUUUCUUAAUUUUGCUUCAAAUGUUGAAGACAGAGGAAUCUGUAUGCUAUGGUAUGCUCAGCUAUAGGAAGUAGUUUUACUUUUCAGAAAAGAAAGAUUGUCUGUUUUACUCAAAACAAAUUGUCUUUACUUUGCCAGUUCUCCAAUCUUGAACAAUCUUUGCACUUUAUAUUCUUCAACAGCAUUGACAUCUUUCAGGAGGAAGCACGCACCAGAAUUGUGACAAAAUUCUUCUGAGGGCUUGAUUGCAUUUGUAGGUCUGACAUUUUCAGCAAGAGCAGGGACAUUAGCAUCACAUUCUCAAGACAAAUUUCAGCUCAGAGUUGCAGUCCAGGGACAUAAAUUCUCUGCGGUUUCUGCUGAGUACAAAUAUUCUUUUCUGUUAAAUGAUGUUGUGAAUUGCUAGAUUUCACCUCAAUUUUUACCCUUUUCAAGAGUGUAAGAGAAUGUGCAUGCCCUUCUAAGUUAGCUAAACCAUUUGGGAGUCACUUUAUUAAGCUAUUACACUAGCAUUCCAAAUAUUUUAAUUCAGAUUAAUAUCAUUCACAUUUUAUUAAAAGUUAAAGGUUUUAUUUUUAUGUAAAAGUUUAUAUUUGCUAGCAAAUUUAUUUAAUGACUUAUUAAAAUAUACAUCUUUUUCUGUA